GGGUUUCCUUUAUGAUCCCGGGAUCUUCCUCCUUCCUCAGCAGACAUCAAGCAGCCACGCAGGCGAGCACACGCAUCAAGUCCGAGUCCCCGACGCUGCACACACACACACAGGGACCCCCCACAGACCUUAGGACCACCGUCAGGACGAGACCUCAGCGGGAUCUAAAGCACAAAGAAAGGACGACUAGAAUCCUGGUCAGCAUGUCCGAGGUGCUGCCGUACAACGAGGGCAAAAUGAGCGGCUACGGGGCGGACAGCGAGGUCAGCCAGAUGUCCUUUAGCUGCGGACUGCAGGACACAAGCGCCUUUUUUGCCGGCUCGCAGGCUAAAAGACCCCCGAAGCUCGGCCAGAUCGGCAGAGCCAAGCGAGUGGUGAUCGAGGACGACCGAAUAGACGAGGUCCUGAAGGGCAUGACGGACAAGUCGUCGCCCGGCGUCUAAACACCAGGCGCGAUGCCUUGCAGACUCUUUUCAUUUUUGAUCACCGAUUCGAAGCACUUGUCGGCCGUGCAUGUUUGGGAGGACUGCAGGACAAGACGGCACAAUGGGAUGAAAAGGAAGCAUGAAGAGGGGAGGAGUGGUCAUGGGAUAUUCCUCCACGCCAGACCCGAUUUUUGUUUUAUUUUCAAAGAGGGGGG